AUGCGACUAGACGCGUUGCCAGCCGAACUACAGAAUUCCGUGUUUGAUCACCUGGAGCCGGAUGAGCUCAUUGCCGUGCACCGAUCCACCAAAGCUUUACGACGCCGCAUCAACGGGCGAGGGCUGCUGCCGGGCCGUGUCGCCGAACUUUCCCUUAAUGGGCUCUUCGUUCCCGGGCGUUCCGAGCAAGAGGGAUUUCUUGAAUUCGGCCAGCCG